AAUUAUACAAGACGUGCCCUCCUCCAUUUUUUAUAGUGCCUUACACAAUCCAAUUCAAUCUUCCCUAAUUAAUCUAUACUUUGAGAUUAACAAACUUUCAUUAAAACCCCAUUAUUAUUUUCUUUCAAAUUAUUUAUAAAGUCCAAAAAUAGAGGAAACAACAAAAAUGCAAGUUCAAAAAAUGCAUCAAAUUAGCAAUAAUAUGUCUUGGGGUGUUAAUGAAUCAUAUCGCCCUCUUCCUUCUCUUUACUUAACUUUAUCUUCUAUUUGGUUCCUUUCUUCUCUCUCAUGGGCUUUACUAACUUGGAGAAACCGCCAUCUUCAGACAAAUAAUCUGCAAUGGUCGUUGGCAUCAGUUCCAUUAAUCAAAACAUUGCAACUUAUGCUAUCAUUCUUCUUUUGGUACUCCUGCUUUUAUUCUCAAGUCUGCUCUCUAUGGAUGUCCUUUGGAGUGUACGUAACCGGAGUCCUAUUUCAGACGGCUUCUUUUGUGUCCUUCCUUCUCAUUGCUCAUGGUUACUGCAUCAUGUGCGAGCAUCUAUCAAUCUAUGAACGACGAACUACAGCUGCACUUGGAUGUAUAUUUUACUUGACUCUCGUUGGUUAUAGAGCUUCUGUUCCGUAUUUCACCGCCCUUUUGCUGCUCAACUACUUCAUUUCAUUCUCUGUAAUCUUCCACCACAUAUCUCAGAAUUUGUUGUCUUUGAGGGAGCAGUUGAGUGUUAUAGAAGAUGAUGAUGUCCGUGCAAUGCAUGAUGCAGUGCGUUCGAAAUAUGUCAUGUUCAAGAAAUUUCGGGUGGCAAUGCAGCUGGUAGCUUUAGCAGAAGCAGCGAUAUACAUCAAUGUGGAUGAUUCUCCCGAGACUUACUGGAUCCGGCUGUUGGUUCGAGAAUGGGCACAAUACUGCAUAUUCUUAUACAUAGGGUGGACAUUCCGCUCGCAAGAUUUGGCUCCUCGCUUUUCAGUUAUGCCGACAGAAAAGUUUCAAGGAGGAGUAGUAGUUCCUCCCAUGUAUAGCAUUGUGAUGGAUGCUGGUACCUAUAAAGAUUUUUGCUGCCAAAAAUGGCACAUCGGGGUGUCAACUUCUCCGCUUCCAGGACGAAGCUCGAAGAAAUCUGCUAUAAUUAUAGUUCAGCAACCCAAGUCUUCCUAAGAUCAAUUUUUUUUUAACAAAGUUGCACAAGCAAAGAUGUUCCUGGUUUCUGAGGAACACAAACUUAUUUCAGAUUCAUCAUCAUAGAGCUGCUAAAAUUCUCGCAGACGGAAUGCGCAAGUGCUCAGCAGAACACCAUAGAAACUGAUCAAUAUCAUACUUCUUUUCAAAUAACUUUUGUUAAGAUUUUGUAUAGAUUAUAUAGUACAGUGUAAAACUAGGAAAAUUUAAUAGUCCCACCAGUUUAGUGAGAUCUGAAAAUCAUGAUAAAUGUUAUUUAUAAGGAGGUAGAAGAUCAUGUAGAUGUAACCAAUUUUGUCCAUCUAUCUGAAAUACUGGAUAAUUGUCCAUAUAUAAAAGUGUAAAGAGUUUUUUCUUGAGAAAAACCCUUGGAAGUUGGAACACACAAAGUGUGGUUAGUGCUUUAGUGGCAUUUUAAUGUACAAUGCUGGUCCAAUACGAAAGCCCAUUAUCGCCA